AUGGACUGUGGGAGUGCUGAUAAUGCGACGGGCGUCGAUCCCAACAGUAUUCUCAGUUCAUGGGAUUUCACCAACAACACCUUUUCCGAUUUGACUUGGGACCAGCACACCUUUGACAAUCUUCCAGAAUUAGAUUCGUAUCAGGAUUCUAACGAAGGCGAUGCCGAACUAUUCGAUUUCCUCUCUGCUCAGGGCCCGCCCAGUCGCGACAGCCUUGACCCCUCAGUCAUCGACGCGACCAGUCUCGACUUGAGCAAUGCCUCAGUAGGUGUCACCGAUGGCGUCAACUUUGUGGGAGGAACGUUCAGUCCGAGAACACAUCAAUCCGUCGACGACAACUUGCUCUCCGACAAUGCGUGGUCGCAAUUCCAGCUGUCCCAUGCCAAUGGCUUGGUGAUGCCAUUAGAAUCGGUUUAUUCCAACCAAUACCCCAAAAACGCGCUUGGAUCGAAUGCGACCGUGAUUGUCGAUGAUGGCGAGCGGGGAAUGGAUGCUGGACUGACAGAGUAUCGACGAGCACGUAGCUUGUCCGCCUACCAUCGAUUGCGCCAGUCUGUAUCAUACAACAACAAUGUCAAUCAUAAACACAAUGGAUGGCGUAAUUCCGUCAGUUAUCCAGCCUCGUUCGCUCCGACACAGUUCCCUAUUUCACCACCGCUAGAGGCUCAGUCGGAAACUUCGAUGCCUGGCGCAACACUAAACCAGCACUGGUUCUCCAACGCGGACAUGUCAGUUGGAUCUUUUCCAGUCCUGCCGCAGGAUGUGUCUGUCUACGGCCGACCUCAACCGGUCAAGCCGGAACCUCACAUGGGAUCAAGAAGCCCUUCGAUACAUAGCAACGGUGUUGCUGUGUCUAUUGACUCAGAUAACAGCAUAGCAAGCAGUAAUUUGUCUUUGACCUCCGAGAGCAUUGUGAAAGAUGAGCAACUGCAAAUCCUACAAUGGGACGAACCAGUCUCGCCAGAAAAGUCUCUGGAAUCAUCACCCGAGUUUCCCAAAGUCAACGGGUUUAUGGUUAGUGAGGAUACAUCUGACAUCCCACAAAUGUCGCUCGAGCAGGAGCGACGAAACAUCGUCGGUUCUCGACACACCCCAUCAGCAUUUCAGCCAGCUUCAGUAGCGCGCAAGCGCAAACACAGAAACUCGUCUAUCGUUAACAUUGACCAAAUCCAACAACCUAGACCUCUACAGAUUGUCCAAGAAGAUGGACUAGGAGGGGCUAUAUCGUCGGAAGACUUUGUAUGCCCUCCUCGAGGUGCUCGUCGGAAGGGUCCUUUGACCAUCGUUGGCAGGGCCAACGCUGGCUUAAGGCGGAAGAAUAAAGAUACAUGUGUUCAGUGUCGACUGAACAAACGAAAGUGUGAUGGUAACUCGCCGUGCGAUGCCUGUCGUCCUACUUUACAAGAGCAGCCCUGUGCACGUGCGUGCUUCGCCAGCAUUGUCGAGUACGGGACUUGCAACUAUAUCUCACAACGAGCAAUCAACCAUGCCACCUCCACCUCAGCCGAUCGCCGGGUGCGAAUUGAGAUUCCUUCGGCAUUUGAUCUGCACGAACUGCUUACUUUUCUCGGCGAGCGCCGCGGUAAAUUCAACAUCCGCGCAACUCAGUCUUGGGGAUCCCUUUACGUGCUUGACCUUGGGGAGACCUACAAAUUCCUCAAGAGUCUUAGCGAGUAUAAUGAUAACUAUCAGUCAACGUUCUUAGAGUUCAUUGACCAUCGUGUCAUUGACUCGAAGGAUAAGACCAAGAAUUGGCUCAGUUGCGUAAAGGAAUGCGAUCCCAUGAACAACGUCUAUAAACUUCUUUCCCAAUGGAAUAACAUGCCGAGCCGCGCAUCAUACAGCUUCGUCUCCUUGGACGGAACUUCUACCGACAAACUAAUGGAUGUCUCCAACGAUCAAGAUCGUCGAGAUAUCUUACUUGCUGCUCAACUGUCUCGAAUCUUUUGUCGAUUACUCGAAGUCGAGGGUUUCCGCAAACUCGAACGUGAUUUCUACAACAUCAAAUGGAAACGAAUCUCUUUGGACGCCCAUCUCCGAUUCUUGGAAGAACUGGGCAAUAUUCUUCUGUCUCUACGCUGGCGAGUUUCGUGGUGGAAGCUCCUUGGUGAUGGUGGCAAGGAGCCGGAUCCUAGCCAGCAGCACUAUAUUGACCGUGUUGAACUCCUCUGUCGGAUCCUCUAUGUAUACUACACCAGUGUCCUCACCAAACUUCCUGCAUGGUCGGCCACCGACAACCUGAAAGGCAAGUACUCGCGGUAUGCGGAUACUGAACAGGAGAUCUGGGAUAACUUCCCUGAAGAUCCUAGCGAGGACGGAUUCCAGCAAUGGAUGGCGCAGGGCCAGGAGCUCAUUGAAAAGGCUGGUAGUCCUAUUCGAGUUGCCACCAAGAUUACCAAAGUAUAA